AUGUAAAGAAUUAGCCAUUGUAAUAUCUAUAGAUAUUUUAGGGAUCUCAAAAAUGGAUAUAUUUGGAUAAUCAAUCACAUUAAGAAUGAAUAAGUAAAGCUCAUAUAAAACUGUUUUUGGAGGGUGCUCCUCUUUAGUUUUGCUAAUAAUUUUAAUUUUAAUAUUCUCAUCUAACAUAACAUCCUUUUUCAACAAAGAAAGUUUAAGUGCUACUGUAUUAACUGAAUUUGAAGAAAUUCCAUCAUUAUCAAUAAUAGAUGAUUCAUUUUUUUUAUUUGCUGUUCAAAUAGAUUAAGAUAAUUUUUUAUCUAAGCCUUUUUAUGACAUUAAAAUUGAUUAGUUACGUAUUCAAAAAUUUUUGAAUGGAUCUUCAAUUUAAAGUUAAAAAGAAAUAUAAUUGAUACCUUGUACUUUAGAUCGUUUUAAUAAAAUAUUCUCUUAAUUUGGACGUGAUAUAAGAGAUUAAUUCAAUCAAUUUAAAUUAUAUGAUUUUUUAUGCUUCGAGUAAGUGGUUAUAUAUAUAUAUUUGUAGUUAUAACCAAUCUUUUUCAAUUUAAGGAACUUAUUCAAGUAUAAAAAAAUAAAUAACUCAUUUAGAUUUAGAAUUUGAAUAUUUGAGAAUAUCAGUUUAAAAAUGUGCUAAUAAAACAAAUUGUGCUUCAAAUGAAGAAUUAUAAUAAGAAAUUGAUAAAAAUGGAGCAUUUAAAAUUAAAUUAUUUCCAAUUAAUAAAGUAAAAAGAUAAAAUGAUUUAGAUUAUAGAUAUUAAAUCCCUACAAACCUGAAGAUAAUUAUUUGUAAACCUUUUUAGAUGAUUCAUUUUUCUUUAGAUUUAUUCCAUCAAAUAUUUAUAAAUCUGUAGAUUUAUUUAUAAAAGAAUAUGAAGUUACAAAUGAUCAAAGUCUAUUACCCUUUAGUUAUUUAGAAUAUUCAUAAUUUUACACACUAGAUUAAUCAGAAAUUAAAGAGAGAACUGAAUUAUAAAAUAAUCAACCAUAAUCCUUUGUACAAAUUUAAAUAAGGAAAAGUCCUUAUAAAAUAAAAAUAUUUAGGAAAUAUUUAAAAAUAGAUGAAUUAUUAUCUAAUUUAGGAGGUAUUUAAUAAAUCUUUAUUUUUUUUGUUGGAACAAUCCUAACAAUUUAUAAUAGAUUUCAACGUAAUUAAUAAUUUUAAUUUUAAAGUUCUAGUUGAAUUAGCAAAUAAACUAUAUGAAUUUACUUUGGUUUCAUUUCAAAAGGAAAAAUAUUAUUAAGAGAAUUUAGAUUUGGUGAAUUAAAUGAUUUAUAAUAAAUAAGAGAAAAUUCCAUUUUCAGAGAAACCUCGAAAUUCAGAUGUAGAUCUAGAAAUUUAGCCAUUACAUUAAAGUACAAUAAAUUAAAAAUCAAAAAAUGAGUUACUGAAAUUCAGUGAACAAAUGAGUCCUUCAUCAUAAUAAUAAUAGAGAAAUUCAUAAAAGAAAUAAACAGAAAAUAACAUUAAAAAAAAUAAGUUUAUUUAUGAAUAAGAAGCUAUGGCAUUAAAAUUAAAUUGUUCAAAUGGUUUAGAAUAUUUCUAAUUACAAAUUUAAAAUUUAAUAUAAAGAUCAUAACCAAUCUUAAUGACUUUUUAAAUGUUAAUUAAUUUUCUAACUUGUUAAAAAGUAUUUAAUAAUAAAAAACAUAUCUAAUUGAUGAAUAAAGCAAUGUAAUUUAUUUUAAAUUUAAUUGAUUAGUGAUUCAAUUACUUAAUAAAUAGAUUUAUUCAAUAUCCUAACAAAAUUGAAUGACCUAGAAAAACUUAAAGAAGUCAUUUUCUCUCCACAACAAUUAUUGAUGUUCAAUUUUGCUCCAAAACCAUUGAUAUCUUUAGAUAAUACAUCAGAAGUAUUUAAUAGAACUAUAAUUGAAGAGAGAACCAGAAAUCAUAAUAUAAGAUAGUAAAGUAUAUUAUUAUUUUUAGGGAUGAAGUCUCUUCAGAUUCUGAAUUCUAAAAUAAAAUACAUUAUAAUCUAUAAGCUGAUGCAAAGAUGUACACAAAAAUAUAUUCAGUAAUUAUAAUAAUUAUUAAUAGGCUUAUGAUGAUGUUUUGCAAGAAGCUGAAAAUGAUUAAGAUCCAUCUCUUUGUAGUAAUUUAAGUAAAUAAAUAAUUCGUAAAUUGGGUGCUGAAGUAUAAACUAUCUUUAAAUUAUCUAAACUAAUAGACUUUCAUUAAAAUUAAAACAACACUAGAAGGAGAGGGAUGACUUCAGAGACUCUUAGAAGAGUAUUAUAUUCUAAAACAAAUUUAUAAUAGUGA